UAUCUGUUGAGUGCUGCCAGUGGUUCGGUAGGUUGUUUGAUUGAUUAUCAUUAGGCGCUAAGCCCACUAAUGGCCUUCUGUCUUCAGUCGACAAUACAAAGUAAUAUAUACAAGUAAUUAAUGUGUACUUUUUGGUUUGGUGUGUUUUUUUAACUCGUGUCUCAGAGGGCCUGUGUGACGGUGAAUUGGGUGUGAGUUAGAGGUAAAAUUAACAUCCAUUGGAGGGAUAUAAAAGCCAGCCUGGAGAUCUUGGUUUAGCUGGACUGGCUCUGUGCUAUAUGAAGACAGUAUUUGGAUCUCACAGCUUAGUUAUAACAUGGAUGUCUCUAAGUUGGCACAUGGCUGCAUGAUGGGUUUACCUUGCUUUCAAGAGGACAGUGGUACAUGUGCCAAAGCCCCUCAGGUGGCACGGAUCAAAGUUCAGCUGGAGACGUUCAGACUUUGGCAGGAGUUUGAUCACCUUGGCACAGAGAUGAUAGUCACAAAAGCUGGGAGUGCACAUCACAGACAUGGACCCUGCAGCGGAGUACGUCCUCCUUAUGGACUUCAUUCCAGUGGAUGACAAAAGAUACAGAUAUGCCUUCCAUAGCUCUUCGUGGCAGGUGGCCGGUCGUGGAGAUUCAACAGUCCCAGGAAGAGUUCACUUUCAUCCGGACUCACCAGCGCGUGGUGCCCAGUGGAUGAAACAAACCGUCUCGUUUGAUCGUCUCAAACUGACGAACAACCUCCUAGAUGAUAACGGCCAUAUCAUCUUGAACUCGAUGCAUCGGUAUCAGCCACGGUUGCAUGUAGUGUUGGUGGACCAGUGUAGGAACAGUCACCUGUCUGUGCAUCGCAACUUCUGCACUUUCUCCUUUCCUGAAACUCGCUUUAUUGCGGUUACUGCCUACCAGAACCACAGGAUUACACAGUUGAAGAUAGCAAGCAAUCCUUUCGCUAAAGGCUUCCGAACUACAGAUGCUAAUAACUGGUCAACAGACAGUUCCAAAACUCACCUGUCUCGUUCCCUGUUGCCCUUGCACCCUGAAGAGGGCACAUCACAGGCAGCCACUUCUACCAAGGACCAAAAAACAAUGGAAAAACAUUCAAACCAGAGUUUUACUCAUCAUGGUCUUUCCCCCCAGUUCCCACACAGUGAGCUGGUCCUGCCAUACAAAGAAGGCACGGCUGGUACGACUGAGAGGAAGGAAAGGGGGAGACCUGCUAAUGUUCACUCGGCUCCUUUGCUUCCCUUCAUUAACUGUCAUUGGAAUAGGCCAAAAAGGUGCCGCUUUAACUAAAGCGGACUUAUCCUACAUAUAUUAAAGUAUAUUAUACUGUUCUA